GGAUAACAUGCGACAUUACACGAACGUACGGGUUCGGUGGUGAGGGUGUGCCGGUUUUGUUGUGUUACCUUUGGAGUAAAAACAGGAUAUUCAGAUAAUAAUGAGAUAAUUUGACAGUCACAAAUUCACCAUGUCGCUACAUGUGUCGGUUAUUGGGGCUACUAAUGUCCCCAAUGUGGAGAAAUUUGGAGAAAGCGACCCAUAUGCAACUAUCGAGUUUAAAGGAAUAUCAAAGAAAACUGAAGUGGUCAAAUCGGAGUUGAACCCUACUUGGAACCAGACAUUUGAGUUUGACUUGAAUGGCAUCGCCCUGACAGCAGCUGAUGAACUUCUGGUCACCAUAAAGGAUUGGGAGAGAGUGGGCAGGAACAGACUGCUUGGCAAGGUUAAAGUACCCCUCCGAAACCUCACAAGAGGUGGAGCUCAGCAGGAACCUGUCACAGCGAACCUAACCGACAAAAAUAAUGUUACCCUCCCGUCCUCCCAGAUAAACUUGAAGCUGUCGUACAAACCUCCUGCGAGUGCUGCCAAGCCGGCAGCAGCUGAAGUCAGUCAGUCCGGUGUUGUUGGUGAUAUGACAGAUUUAGGAGGUGAGGAGAUGGAAGAGGAGGAAGAGGAAGAAGAGGAAACUGGACCUCCGGUCAUUGAUCCGGCCACUGGUCAAGUUGUGCCAAAAAAGAAAAAAAAGAGGAGGGCACCCAGGCGUGGUUUACUGAAAAAUCUGUCGACUAAACCGACCGAUUUUCAGGUGCGAGUGAAGAUCAUUGAGGCGCGACAACUCCAAGGUGCUAACAUCCAGCCGGUGUGUAAGGUGACCGUUUACAAUCAACAAAAACAGACACGAGUGAAAAAAUCGACCAACAGCCCCUACUUCAACGAGUCCUUCUUCUUUAACUUCCACUGCUCACCGGCAGAGCUGUUUGACGAGCUCAUCGAGUUCCAGGUGUUUAACUCGAGACGACUGCGAUCAGAUGCCUUGAUAGGGUCAUUCAAGUGUGACAUCGGGAUGGUCUUUAUAGAACAGAAGCACGCCCUCAUCAACAAAUGGCUACUGCUUAGUGAUGCCAGUGAUACAAUGGCGGGGGCCAAGGGCUACCUCAAAGUCUGUGCUUGUGUCAUAGGACCAGGUGACGAGGCGCCGAGCUUCAAAGGUUCCGGGGCAAAGGAUGAAAGUGAUGACAUCGAAAGUAACCUCCUGAGACCCUCGGGAGUUCAGCUGAGGCCAGCUUCCUUUACUCUAAAGCUGUUUGGAGCGGAGGACAUUCCAAGAAUGGACCCAGCCUUCCUACAGGGCGUUAAGAAGGUGUUUGGUAUUGGGGAGGAACAGAAGGAACUAGUAGAUCCCUACUUUGUCUUCUCAUUUGCUGGAAAAGAGGUUCACUCAAAGAUUAUGUACUCCAACGAUCAUCCGGAUUGGAACCAGAUCUUACGUCUUGGACUUCAGUUCCCGUCCAUGUGUGAGCGGAUUAAAUUCAGUGUCAAAGACUGGGACCGGAUCAGUGAAGACGAUACAAUUUGUGCAAGCACCGUCAGUGUGCCUCUCAUCUCGCAGAACUCGGCAGGGGAUCAGGGUUUCCUACCGACCUUUGGCCCCUGCUAUAUAAACUUUUAUGGGUCAACAAGGGAGUAUUCUGAUCUGCCAAAUGAGUAUGAGGACUUGAAUGAAGGAAAGGGUAAAGGUGUGGCAUACAGAGGGCGUGUUUUAGUUGAGCUGACCACAGAACUAGGUGCUCUACCAGAGGUCAACGUGCAGGACAUUGAAAGUGACGAUGUUCUUCGAGUACAGAAAUUUAUGAGAAGGAGAAAAUACAAACUUCAUGCAACGUUCCUGAAUGCAACAAUGGUCAGCGCAAUUGAUGCCCCUGUAGAGUUUGAGAUCAGUAUAGGUAACUAUGGUAACAAACUUGACGACAACGUCCCACCUUGCUCGUCGACGACCCAGCCCACUAAUGCCGUGUUCGAUGGAUGUCACUAUUCCUUCCUGCCGUGGGGUGCCACCAAGCCUUGUGUGGUCGUCGACUCUCACUGGGAGGAUAUUUCCUUCAGACUCGAGGCUCUCAAUCUCCUCCAGGGUAUCGUCGACAAACUUGAAGCUAACAUUGAACAAGUUAGGAUUGGUAUGAAGGCCAAACUACCCACUCCAGAACUGGCUCAGCUGCUUAUAUCUCUUCUGGAACAGCUAGUACAGGACUGUCGAAAACCAUUACCACAGCCGAAGCCAUCUCGUCAUGUGCCUAAUAAACUUGACCAGCUCACUGCACAGUAUCGAGCUGGAGAGCUCGCAAAUAUCCGAGAAAUGGCAGGACAGCUGAGAGAGCAUGCUACAGAUGUUGCUGAAGCGCUCAACGAGGCUGAGAAUUUCUUACAGAUGAUCAAAAAUCUGGCACAAGAGCCCCAGAACAGUAUGCCGGACGUGAUCGUGUGGAUGAUUAGCGGAGAGAAGAGGAUAGCUUACCAUAGAAUCCCUGCCAACGAGAUCCUCUACUCCACCGACCCUAACUAUGUCGGCCGUAACUGUGGCAAGCUUCAGUCAAUUUCUCUUCAGUUGCCGGGAGAUAAGGCAAUCAAAGAUAAGAAGUUUGAGGUACCAGCUCUGAUCAGAGUGAGGCUGUGGCUCGGCCUCCACAAUGAGGAGAAGGCUUGGCAUCAGAUGCAGAAGGAGGGUGAACUGGCUGUGUUUGCAGAAACAUAUGAGAAUGAGAUUAGCAUUCCUAUCGUGGGCUGGACCAACAAAGGACCGCUGGGUCGCCCCAAGUGGUCAGACAGUCAGGGCAAGGUGUCACUCAAAAAAGAGAAGUUUGAACCUCCUCCUGGCUGGAGGUGGGACAGUGAAUGGUACAUUAGUCCAGAGCUCAGUAUGCUGUUUGACAAGGAUGCUGGACACAAGGUGUACAUGGAGGAUGUGUACGAGUGUCAGUCCCGUAUCCCUGGGAGCAGCUGGGGUGAGGCCACUACCCCAUGGGCAGAUGUGAAAGGUGACAAGUGUCCUUCCCGAGGGGAGACACACCUCCCCCCAGGCUGGGUAUGGGAGGAUGAGUGGGAGGCUGACCUGAGUCGAGCUGUUGAUGAAGAUGGUUGGGAAUACUGUGUGGAGGCCACAAUGGCAGGUUACGGUCCUGUCGAGAAACGAUAUCACCUCUGUCGACGUCGACGAUGGAUACGUACAAGACGAUUGGUCGAAGAUCCCAAGAAACAGAAAGAAAAGGACAUGCAGGAAAGACUAAUUCGGAUAAAGAAGUCACAAGAACAAGCAGAUGGUUGGGAGUAUGCCCCUCUAUUUAACAUGAAAUUCCACUGUAAGGAACACACUAUGGACAUGGUACGACGCCGUCGCUGGCACCGCAAGAUGGUUGCCGAGACGCCUGGAGCCAGCUGCUUCUUCAGCAUGAAGACAGAUGAUGAUGAUGACAAGGAUGGUGUAGCAUCACUGACAGCUCCAAGGAUGUUCCUGACCUUUGACAAGUCCUACAAGUACCAGCUGAGGGCGUAUAUAUACCAGGCUAGGGAUCUGUUGGCCGGCGACGAGUCUGGUCUGUCUGAUCCAUAUGCUCGAAUAUCGCUGCUGACCCAGAGUGGAGUGACAGAAAAGAUCCACAAGUCUCUCUGCCCUAGCUGGGAUCAAACUAUCAUCUUUGAAGAGUUUGAGAUCUAUGGAGAUCCCAAAACUAUUGAGUCACAGCCCCCAGAGAUUUUUGUGGAAAUAUUUGACCACGACAAAUUGGGCUCCAAUGAGUUCCUGGGGCGCGCCCGAGCUCAGCCAAUGGUCAAACUGGAUCCCGGUGAUGCCAGAAUGCCAGUCCUGCAGUGGUAUGACAUUAAACGCGGAAAUGAAGAAGGAGGUGAACUCCUCGCUGCCUUCGAGCUAUUCUUGCUAGGGAGUGGUGACUUGCCAUUCUUACCUCCAAAGAAAGGAAACCUGUUCCUUGUUCCCAAUGGCAUCCGACCCGUUAUGCAGAGAACUGGAGUUGAGGUGCUAUGCUGGGGGGUGAGGAACAUGAAGAAAUUCCAGUUGUCAGCAGUUACCUCUCCUAGUAUUGAGUUUGAAUGCGGUGGCCACUUGGUGUCGUCCAAGGUCAUCAAAAACACCAAGAAAAACCCCAACUUUGAGGAAUCUGUUCUCUUCUUUGACGUGAUGUUGCCACGAGAGGAACUGUACAUGCCACCUAUGAACAUUCGUGUGCGGGACCAUCGCCAAUUUGGCCGCAAGCCGACGGUUGGAAUACAUGUAUUGAAAACAUUUGAAGAGUUCCGCUGCAAGCCCGCAAUCACAGCAGCCGCCCCGGAUGAAGAUGAUCAGGGUUCAGUUCCUUUUGUUGCUUUGCUAGACAUCUCCACUGAAAGGCUUUCUAAGAUCUCACAACGUGCUGACACGGGGACCCUCAGUGGCGGAUACUCAGGGGGUGGAAUCGUGGGUAACGGUCCCGGCGGAGACACGAUAAUCGACAUGCCUGCUGAUGAUAAAACCAAGGGCAGGUUUGAAAAAGCUAAGUCCAAGAUUUCAUCUGCAUUGUCCAAGGAAAGGAGAGAGCCUGACACUAAGGAUAUCGAAGAGCUAGACUGGUGGUCCAAAUACUACGCUUCUAUAGGGGACACGACAAAAUGUCGCAAAUACCUCCAGAAAGGAAUGGACAAGGUCAAAGUGUUCACAAACGAUCUGGAAAAGUCGGAGACCUACAAAUCCUUUGAUGACUUCUGUCACUGCUUUGACCUAUCGCGCGGCAAAGACGAGGAGGACGAAGAAGGAAAUGUUGUCGGCCAAUUCAAGGGCUCAUUCAAGGUGUACCCGUUACCCCCUGACCCGAGUGAGCCGCUGCCUGAGCGAGCCUUCAGUAACCUACCCCCUAGCACACCCGAGGAAUGUGUCGUGCGUGUCUAUGUUAUCUGUGGCAUAGGCCUACAGCCUAACGACACCAGUGGUCUGGCUGACCCUUAUGUGGAGAUUGAACUGGGCAAGAAAAAAGUCAGCAGUCGGGACGAUUAUGUGCCGAACUCCAUCGAACCUGUCUUUGGAAAGAUGUUUGAACUGAACUGUACAUUACCAGUGAGGAAGGAUCUCAUUGUUAGGAUCAAGGACUAUGACAUCAUCACUAGUGAUGACCUCAUUGGUGAGACCAUCAUAGACCUUGAGAACCGCUUCCUGUCCAAACACAGAGCCACAUGUGGUAUCCCUAAGUCAUAUUAUGUGUCCGGUGUGAACCAGUGGAGAGACAGUCAAAAACCAAAGGAGAUAUUGGACUGGUAUUGUAAGAAAAACCACCUGACUGGUCCGCUCUUCUACGGCACAAAUAGUGUUAAGGUUGCUAACAAAACAUACAGCUUGUCCGACUUUGAGGUGAAUCCACGUUCCGACCCGGACCUUGGACAGCCAGAUGAGAGACUUGCUCUUCAUGUCCUAAAUACCUUCCCCAUCGUCAAGGAACAUGUUGAGACGCGACCCCUGUACAACCCCAUACAACCUGGAAUAGAACAGGGUAAAGUACAGAUGUGGGUGGAUAUUUUCCCCAAAUCACUCGGACCUCCAGGAUCACCGUUCAACAUUGAACCACGCAAACCAUCAGGGUUUGUGCUGCGUUGUAUCGUAUGGAACACCGUCGAUGUCGUACUGGAUGAAGAAUCUAUCACAGGCGAACAGAUGAGUGAUAUCUACGUUAAGGGAUGGAUCUCUGGUAUUGACGAGAAACAGGAGACCGAUGUGCACUACCGAUCCCUGGAUGGCGAAGGAAACUUCAACUGGCGAUUCAUCUUCCCCUUUGAAUAUUUGCCAGCUGAACAAGCGAUGGUUGUGAAGAAGAAGGAACAUUUCUGGAGCUUGGACGAGACUGAGCAGCGCCUGCCUCCAAAUCUCGUCAUGCAGAUCUGGGACAAUGAUAAGUUCUCCAUGGAUGACUUCCUAGGGACGCUAUCGCUAAAUUUGAGUGCCUUGCCAAAACCAGCCAAGAAAGCAUCAGAUUGUACCCUGAGUCAGCUGCCAGACUUGCAGACAGGACAUGAAGUCAAACUUGUCUCUCUGUUUGAGCAGAAGAGACUCAAAGGAUUCUGGCCCUGCUUCAACGACGAGACUGGAGAACGUGUUCUAACGGGUAAGAUUGAGAUGGAGUUGGAAUUAGUGUCAUUAGAGGAGGCUGACGAGCGCCCUGCAGGACAGGGACAGGAAGAACCAAAUAUGAAUCCCCAUCUGGACCCUCCCAAACGACCAGAGACAUCCUUCCUGUGGUUCACAUCUCCGUGGAAGACGUUCAAGUUCAUCAUCUGGCGUAGAUACAAAUGGUGGUUCAUUGGAUUCCUUAUCCUGCUCCUCCUCAUCAUUCUCAUCGCUCUUUUCAUCUACUCCUUCCCGGGUGCUUUCAACAACUGGAUUCUUGGGAACUGAACACUCACAUGAACACUGUGUUUUAUUGAUCAACGAUUUAGGAACAAUACAUGGUUUUAUAGAACAACGAUAUAAGAUACGAAGGCACCUGUUCAAUGUGUAACUGAUCAAUGUUGGAUUGGAGCCUAUUUAGUUAGUUCAGGAUUCACAAUGGAUGAUUUUCCACAGUGAGUCUGCAACGUCGAAGAUUUACUUGGUUUUCAAACUAAAGUGACAAUUUAAGAAAGGACUGCUGUGUGUUUAUGUGAUAGAAGUCGAUACAAGCAGACGUAUGUUUGUUUUCUUCCGAUAUACAUUUGAAUUACAUACUCAUUGAAUGAUCAUAAUUCUUGUACUAAUACAAAAUCAUAGAAAUGUGUUACUAGAUUUUUUCAAACUUUCAAAACCUUCCUGUUUCAAUUAAGCAAAAGGUUUUUGAAUGUCUAUAUACCCUCAAAUUACAAGUAGAUACAAAUUCAAUAUAAUUUUUAUUGAUUAACUUUUAAAUUUGAUACAGAUUCAUUAUAUUUGCUUGAGAUUCUGACAGUUUGUACCUUCACUCCCCCUUUUUCAUUAUUGGACUGUUCCACAUCUGUUUUGAAUGGUACCAUUAUUGCUAUAAGGAAGGAAAGCAAUGUGUAUAGAUGUGAAAUGUACGAAAUAUAAGAGAGGGUGAAUCUGUUACCGGUUGUCUUGUUGGAAUGAUAUCAUACAAUAUUUUGUAGAAUGUUAAUUCUUUAAUUGUUAUAUGCCACUAUAUUUAAGGAGUUAUCCUACUGAAGCAAAGAUGAUAUCCUAAAGAUGAGGUCUAUAUUGUUCCACAGAAUAUAAUGAAAUUAUGAUCAAAUGUUCAUCUUGGGAUGGAUGUAUACUUAUUCAUCAAAUAUUCUCUUUCCGUUCAGUUAAUAUUAGUUUUUAGAUUAGUUAACCUGCCUCUACAAUUAACAAUAUCUUAUUAUCUCACCUGAUAUUAUGUUCUGUCUGGUUUGAGAUGUCGUUAUAUUUAUCACUUCGUUGACAUCUGUGAAGAUUUACCCAGGAGAUAUAGAUUCCUGAGAAAUCGAGAUAUUGAUAUUUUGUUGAACCAGUUAGGAAAAGACUGAUUAAUAUAUACUUCCUUGCCACAAACAUAGAUAUGAUAUUUCUACCUUGCCUGCUGUACUUUAAUCUGCUGAUGCAUGGUCAGACCAAAAUGAUCUGAUAAUGUUUUUAUGUGAUAAAUGGAUGGUCACUCUCUGAUAACGUUCUCACGUGAUAGACCUGUAAUCGGUAUGGUAAGUCAACAUGACCGGUCAUCGUGGUGUUGCUAUACAUCCAGGCAAAGUUAUAAUUUGUACAAAAAGAUAUUAUGCUUUCUGUUUAAAUUUUUAGUAUAUAUUUUCAUUAAAAUCAUUCUUAAAAUCAUUGUGUAGAAAUUAGAAUUCAACAGAAAAAAAAUCAAACUUUGAUAUAGUCAAAAGGAAAUGAUUUUGAAAUCAACUUUUGUUUUACUUUUGGACAGAAUAUAAGGUAAAAUGAAGCUAAAACCUACAUUAUUUAAUGGCUUUUAUUCUAUUUUUAUAACAAAUGUACAUUUCAAUUUGAUCAUGUAACGACAUGACGUUGCGUGCCUUUUUAUAACCGUCUUGUACAUACUUGUCCAGCAGUUAGUGACUAAACCAGCACUAGCUGGAACCAACAGACCACGACUGCUUUGAAAAGACAGGGGGAAACAUAUUGACAGAUAUACGGAGAAAAUUUCAAGUAUUUUCAAAACAAAAAACGCCAUGUUAUGUGUCAAGGUUUUGUGGAAAAAUAGAUUUGUCAUUGUUUUAGAACCUGACUCUUUCGACCAUUCUCAUGAAAAAAAAAGAAAGACCAGAAACUACCAUGGAGGAACACACCGACGGACAUUGAUUGACAGACGAAAGACGGACAAAGACUUUUGAGGACAUGUACAUAUAGUUUCUUGUAGAAUUAUGUUGUUAGAUACAAGAAAAUGUUACCCCUUCAUCAUGGCCUUAAUCACCUUCUCAAUGGACGACCAGUUUUGUUAAGAGCUUUACUCGUCCUUCACAACCACAUGUCCCCGUAUUUUAAAGCUUUAUCAACUUAAUAGAAGCUUGACGCAAAUAAUUUACAAUGUUUUUUCAAAAGUUGUAAUCUAAUUCACAACAAAUAUUUUUGUGUGUGCUGUAUCCAAUUUAUUAUCAAAAAUUAUUAAAAAUGUAAAAUGUUUAGAAACUCAUUACAAUGAACAACAUGAUCUGUACAAGUGUGAAAAUGCUACGGAGAAGUUAUCAAAUAUUCUUAAACUAAGAUGGAUUAUUUCACUCUGGAGUUUGUCAGAGUGGAACCUCUUGUUGAGUACACAAAAUAAUGAAUUUUAUUGAUGACUAUUUGUUUAUUGUAUUUAGAAUGUGUUUAUCAGUUCUGACGUAACAUUGUCUGUAUUCGACAAUAUUUCUGAUUCCUCUUGAUGUAUGUCCAUAGUUGUUUCUAUUAUAACAUUGUAAGUGUCCCUCUCAUCAUGCUAUAUAAAUAAUACCGCUAUGAUCAUAUCUGAUUAUUCCACCAUCAGUAAAAUAGCCUAAUACGUAAAAUGUCGGGCUGAAAUACAUCAGGUAAAUGUUGGUGUUAAAUGUUAACGUUAUGUUUCGACUUUAGAGAAAAUAUGUUCAUCUUGCUAAUGAAUAUCUUUAAUAUGUGGUUUAGAAGCUUUUUGACACUUCUGGAAUACGAUAUCAGAAUCAUUAAAAUAAGGACACACUGAUAAUAUCCCUAAUUAUUAUUAAAGGUCACCACUUCUGUAGUGAAGAUGGCGUUAGCUGGAACAUACUUAUUUACCGCAUACAGAGAGCGACCCCUACAGUAUACACUAAUCAUCACUAUAUACUGAGCGCCCUCUACAGUAUACAAUAACCACUCACUAAGCGCCCCCUACAGACUACAGUCACCACACAUUGAGCGCCCUCUUCCGUUUUCAUGUUUUUCACGCAGCUGAAGACAAAUAUUUAACAAUACAGCUACAAUUCUGCAAUUAUGAUACAUCAUUUGAUUUUCACUAUUUUCUCCCAGGAAAUGACGUGAAUCGUGGAGACGGUAGAACAUCGUCCACAUAUUGACAGCUGGUGAUAUUACAGGUGUUGGGAUAUUAACUUUUCUACACUUUAUAUACCCGUGUUAGACAUUAUAUAUUUAUUAAUAAUAAACUCCUUUUACAGCA